AUGAGCUCACAUAUCGUCGCUCCCACCACCCUCAUACACCACAAAGGUAUUGUCAUAAUGAAUGCCAAUCCGGAAAAGGCCAGCACGGAGUCCUUGAUUCUUGAAAGGCUCCCAAAUGAAAUCCUAGUCACCAUUCUUGACCAUCUGCCCUUGAAAGAGUUGCUCAAAGCGACCAUUAUUUGCCGCCAAAUACAUAUACUGGCAGUCCACACUCUCCAACUGCGUCUUCGUGCUGUCUCAUCCAUUCCAAGCCACGAGCUUAUCCUCGAGUGCUACCACCCUAGUCUCAAAAUAUCAACGCCAUACCUGUCCUGCCGCUAUCUCGGUACCCGCCACCCUACAGACUGCGAAGAUGACUGCGCCGCACAGAAAGACUGCUCAGACCUCCACCACGUCUGUCAGCUCUAUGCGUCUUUCCGCCCGGUCGUAACCGAGGAGAACCGCCGACGACGCUUCCGCAUGGUCUGGCCGGUGUCGGUGCAGGGGGGGGCACCCGCCGGCUUCGACAGCGACGACGAGGUCGCGACGCAGGAUCUGCACCUCGACAACGGCGAGCUUUUCUCGCAGCUCUGCGUCGCGCUCAACCUCGUCACGCUGGGACGUCACGCCGGUGUCUUUGUCAGCCACUACAACAUGAGCGAACACGUCGUGCGCGUCUUCCGGCACUGGCUGAGUGACAUGGCGGCAGCGGGCAGCAGCAGUGGCGGGCAGCCCUGGAACGCAGCUGCCAAGAUCCCGAUCGCGUCGGACCGCAUCCUCUGGGUGGACGCGGCCAGGACUAUCGGACUGCGCUUUCAUGUUUCGGUCGGCCCGGCAGAGAGGAUGCCGCUGCUCUCCGGCCAGGAUGAGGACCCCGCCGUAUCUUAUGGACUGGCGUACGAGGAGCUGUUAAUUCGCUCCACGAGUCUGCUAAUGGCCGUUGAGGCAUCCACAAGCAAGGAGCUGGAGCCAUCCCGAAACUCCAUUAUUCUGUCUUCCGCGCCCACCUAA